AUGUAUGACACUGCAAAGUACCUAGCGUCAGUAAUCGGUCCAUUGGCAGGUAAAACACAGCACCACAUUAUCAAUAGUGUUCAUUUUGUGCAGAAAAUUCAGGGACUAGAGGUACCACCGGGACAGAAAUUAGUAUCAUAUGACGUUUCUGCACUUUUUACCAGUAUACCUGCAGAAAAGGCACUUGAAGUCAUUAGAAUGAGACUAGAGAAAGAUAAGAACUUGAAUGACAGAUGCGAACUCAAUGUUGAUCAGGUCAGUGAACUUUUAGAACUUUGUCUUACAAGUACGUACUUUAUAUACCAAGGCAAGUACUACCAACAGAAACAGGGAGCGGCCAUCGGGUCUCCAGUCUCCCCUAUAGUUGCUAAUCUCUACAUGGAGUUCUUUGAACGCCAGGCACUAGACCGAGCCAAGAACCCCCCAUCACUGUGGGUAAGAUAUGUUGAUGACAUCAUGACAAAGAUACAUGAGUAUGACAUUGACCAGUUCACGGAACAUCUGAACUCCAUAGACCCGCACAUAAAGUUCACUUCAGAACAAGAAGAGGAUGGGAAGAUACCAUUUUUAGAUACUUGUAUUCAUGUAGAGGACGAUGGCUCAACAAGAGUAACAGUUUACAGAAAGCCCACACAUACUGACCAAUAUCUUAAUUUCAAUUCAAACCACCACUUGGAACACAAGAGGUCAGUGGUAAGAACCUUGUUACACAGGGCCAACACACUUGUGACUAACGAAUCAGACAAGAAGAAGGAAAUUGAACACGUAAAAACAGCGUUACGUGCGAAUGGAUACCCUGAGUGGAUUUUUCAGCUUCCCAACAAAAAAUCUCAACAGGACAAGACUCAAAAUAGUGCGACAAAGGAAAGAAGAGUAAACGUGGGUAUGCCCUAUAUUCGUGGAACUUCGGAAGUUCUGGCGAGGGUGUUUAAGAACCACGGAGUGAACAUGUUCCACAAACCAAACAACUCGAUAAGGAGUCAGGUCACUCGGGUGAAAAAUCAAACCGAUAAACUGAAAAAAUGUGGAAUUAUAUACCAUGUGAAAUGUGAAAACUGCAAAGAAGAUUACAUCGGGAAAACUGCCAGAACAUUAGAGACUAGACUUAAAGAGCAUAGGACCAGAACAAAUUCUGCCAUACAUGAACAUUGUCAAAACACCGGACAUACCAUCAAAUCUGAAAACACAAAGAUUCUGACAAGUGAAAGUGGACUUAUCAAACGCAAAGUCAAAGAGGCUAUAGAAAUAAAACAGCGGAGACCAUCGCUCAAUCGAGACGAGGGCCUGGAGCUUCCCCACGUCUACGGACCUCUCCGCCGAUCACGCGACCUUCCUACGUCACGUGACCUACCAUAA